UUUCAUUUUCGUAGAGUUGGCAGAGGGCAUAUCACGCAUUAUUUGUUUUGAUGCUGAUUUCGUUUCUCAACAUAGUCAUAAAUGUAGUGUCAUGGCUGACUUCGAUGCAAUUUACGAAGAAGAAGAAGAGGAGGCUGAAGUUCCAUAUGAAGAAAGCUAUGUUACCCUUGUCCCAGACCCAGUUGUUGUUCGUGGAGCAGGCAAUAUGACGGUGUUUGGGUUAAGCAACAGGUUUGAAGCAGAAUUCCCAAAUGGCCUUGUUUCUCGUGUCGCUCCGGAAGAAUACAAGGCAACAAUUAUGCGUGUGAACAGUGUUUUGAAGAAAACCUUGCCUGUCAACGUCAAGUGGCUGUUUUGUGGCUGUGUUUGCUGUUGCUGCACGUUAGGCUGUUCCUUGUGGCCUGUAAUCUGCCUCAGCAAACGGACUCAGCACUCUAUAGACAAGUUACUGGAGUGGGAAAACAGUCAUUUGUACCAUAAACUUGGCCUGCACUGGAGACUUGCCAAGCAAAGAUGUGAUUCUUCAUCAAUGAUGGAAUAUGUUCUUUUGAUUGAAUUCAUUCCAAAAAUUCCAAUAUACAGGCCUGACUAGGAACCUGAAGAUCGUUCCUUCAACAAAAGUUCUAUCAUAACUAGCGUGUGAAUACUCCACAGAUCAUUUCAUUGACACAGUUGUCAUUUGUUUGGAAUUGUCUGUAAGAUUACAGAUGUGUAAAGGACAUACAUGUUCAUCCAAAAUAUUUGUGUUGAAAAUCUCAAAUGUUCUUCGUGCAGGGACUUGUGUUUAGUAAUAAGGUCGCCCACUUUUGAUUGUUAUAGGUUUUAAUAUUAUUUUAUUAUUAAGGAAAAUCUCUUGUAAUUCUGUAGUGUUGUUUGAGAGUCUCGAUAAUAAUUAUUUGGAAAUACUGGAAUGAAAGGCAGCUAGAGCAAGAAAUGAGGUGACUGACAGUUCCUGUGCAGGAGACCUGCUGUGACUGUGUGAUAAUGUUGUGGAAAUUAACAUUAAUUGUGCUUCAUUUUAAAAUUAUUGAGUGGCUAAAAUGAUUGGACUUAGUAAGACUGAAAACUGAAAGUUAAAGUAUCGGAAAUUUUGAAGUGCUGACAUGUUUGCCCACAAUCAAUGGAAAACAAUAAGCUUGAAAAUUUACUCACCAGUUUCCAUACACUUCAUUUUUCGUGGAGGAAAAAUGUGUCUUUGUGUCCCAUGGGUAUUUCAAAUGCAUAUCUUCAAUUUUUUAAACAUAUGUACAAUGUGUUGGUUUGCAUAGGAGUCUGUGAAAUUAAGCCUGUGGUGUGCUGCCGUAAACAGAGGACAAUUAUUUUUUGUCAUGUUCAUCACAGAGCUUUGGGUUCGAACUGUGAUUCCAGGAUAUAUAACUAUAAAACUGUCACCUGGUUCUUGCAGAUUUCUGGAAAACAGGAAAUAAAAGAAACAGUUUUUAAGUUUAUAGUUGCAUAUAUUUUUGUUGGUUGAUAAUUAGAGUUCUCUGACAUGACAAUAAAAAAUGUUAAUAAAAUCAGAACAUUUAAUUCAUUGAGGUGUUUCUGUGGGGUCUGUAGAAGUGGUGCACAAUUGUAAAUAUUAUUCACCAAUAGCUGUUGUAGUUAUUGCAGAUACAGUUAUUUUAACAUAGUCUAUUUUUUUGUGUUCUGUUUUCGGAGAGUUACAUUCUUCACCAGAACAUUAUAUACUGAUAGAUGCAUAUCUCUUGACCUUUGAUUGGAAAUUCUUGUCAUGCAUUGUGGGAACUGUGUUUCCUUCUUAAUUUAUGAUUUUUCAUUGCCUGCAGGUACUUAGAUUUGAUCUCCAGUAUAGCUGAGUUUGAUGAGCUAUUAAUUUAACAUACUUUGUGAGGUAGAAUUCUACACAACAAAGAGUAAUGGAAUGUGGACACCAUGUGUUUCAGUUUAUUUCUUAAUUGUUGUUACUAUUUAGAUAAAGUAUUUUGAAUUAUUGUGUGUGUGUGUGUGUGUGUGUGUGUGUGUGUGUGUGUGUGUGUGUGUGAUUGUUCAGUGGUAGAUGACUCCAUUGCUGUUGGGCUGACCUGUAAUUUUAAUUUCUAGUAUUGAAGAAAGGAACUAGGCUGUACAGUCAUUAUAUAUUGAAAAGGAAAUGUUGUUAUAAAUUUAAAAAAAUACAUGUAUAUAGUAAUAACAAAUGAAAUUACCUGUUAUUUUUUUAAAUAUGUGUUGGCCAGGUGGCUAAUACAUCAGAUGUUGGGGAGUUUUGCACAAAGAACUCUUAUUUGCUCUCUUUAGUAUACAAGAACAAAGUUUUGCAAACCGUCUUGAGAUUGACAUUUUAGAUAUUAAAACCUCUGUUUGAAGAGAAGUAAAUGUACUUAAAUUUACAAAUGAUAAUCUCAGCUGAUAAGUCAGUGAUCCUGGAAAGAAGGGAAUGAGUAAAAUCUGUAUGGGGGUCAUUUGUGAAUAGAAGCAUGGUGCAUGUUAUUUGCUAAGUGUUUACUUGUUGCUGCAUAAGUAAGUCACCUCAAUAACAUAUUUGUGAAUGGUUCCAUGCAGACAAAAACAAGAUGAUAGGGUACCAUUUCUGCCUUACGUAUAUAUGUAUGUAAGUUGUAAACAAUGUCCACAGCUUUCUUAUAUCACAUGAAAUGCCAGAGAAUGUGUGUUGGAAUUAUGUAAUUCUUCAACAACGAAGGUGCCAAUGUUGGUGGUGAUAGUUAUAAAUGUGACAUUGCAUAUGACCUCAGCCACCACAAAGAAGAUUGUGUUUGAAAUGUGGUACUCAUUUUCAUAGGACCUUUUCCCAACCAUUACUUGUGUAUAGGUUAUUUUAUACUGUAAGAUACACCACAUUACCUUAUUGCGUUUUAUGUCUUGACUGAUUUGAUUGGGGAUGCAUUCAUUCAAUUUCUUGAUAUAGAUAUUCCAACAGCGCGUGUGUGUGUGCGCUGUGCUUCAGAACUUACUUGACAUUUGUUAUUGUUAGGUUUCUUGGUGUAAUAUGACUGUCAUCCAGGACCAGAUUUAUUUCAUAUAAUGUAUCAAUGUCAGUGGCCUAUUGGAGAUGUUCAACAGUUUAAAAAUAACUGCUUGAUUUAUACACAUUAGAAGUUUGUGUCAUUGUGGACCAUAUUUAUUUGCAGCAUCAUAAAUUCUUACACACAAGGAGAAGAUUAAUACAUGCUGUGUUGAUAUGCUCUUGUUAAGAGCCCAGUGAUUCUGAGCAUUCAAAAACAUAAGGUCAUCAUCCUGUAGAUAAUGCUAUCUUUCUCUCUUCUGUUCUUAAAUCUUGGCUACAUAUGUUGUGAUGAGUGAAGCAACCAUGUAUUUCAUUUGUGAAGUGUAUAUUUAUUUUAUCUAAUGUCAAGACCUUUAUUUUUGUGACUUGCUAAUUGGUAUAAAGAAAAGAAAUUUUCUUUACAGAUUUAUUGCUUUCAACACAUUUUCAAAUUUUAAUUCUAUUUAGUAUUUAUGGGAAGAGAGAAGAGAAGCCAUUCACAUUUCUGAAUGCUGAUUUUUAAUUUCAGUUUUUUAAACACACCAGUGUGGAUUAUCAUUUAAUAGGAUUAAAUGUCACAGCAAUCACAAUCACUAUUGUGACUUUUAUAGUAUGCUGUUUCAGUGAUCAGAACACAGGAAUAAAUAAUUAGCUGUAUGUCAGUCAGGUUGGUGUUCUUUGUAAAGCAUUGUUUGUAGUCAGGUAUCAUAAAUGAACUGCAGUUUUUACUGGUAUCAACACUACAGUGAAUUAGUAUUUGUCUUAUGAUAGUCAAUUUAUCAUGUCAAGCAUUGCUGAGCUAGUGUAACACCACAGAUAUUACACCAUUUUGUUAGAAAUGUAAAUUGAAGGCUUUAUACUUCUAAAAUUUCUUGUUGGGACAGCUAUCCAUGUUAUUGGUGGAAGCAAUGGGAAUCAGUGAACAUAAUUUCUUAUGUUGACUGAAAAUAUAGUUUCUUAAAACAUGUUAUAGGACUCCAUAGAAAUGUUACAAGGAAGUUAAAGUGCUUGAUGUCAGAAAAUGAAUAUAGAAAUAUAUUCAUAUUGAUUUUUGGUUAAAAUAAUCUUCAGAAAUUGUCAAAAUUAUUUUAUAUGUACUUGUAAAGCAUGCUAUAUUGCGCUGCGUGACCCUUACUUACUGUUUUGAAAGGAGUUCUGUGCUCUCUCUCUCUCUCUCUCUCUCUCUCUCUCUCUCUCUCUCUCUCUCUCUCGCGCGCGCACUUUUCCUCCAUUCUUAGCUGAGUGAAGACAGUGUCUGAUUCUCAUUCUCAACAAUGCAUUCUUCAAUAGCAUGACAUUCAGUGGCUUACUUAUAUUUUUUACCACUGAUGUGUUUUGGUGUAUAAAGAUCUGUUUAAUGUUAUUACUGUAGGACUUUUCAUACUGUGUAGUGUUUUGUUGCGAACAAAGCAAGUUUGAUGCAGAAUUGCAAAAUUUUGCAUUGAAUAUUUCAAGUAUAUCUGUGGCUUGCACUUUCAUGUAGAAAUAUUUGUUUUAGGGGCUGAGGAGGGGGGAGAUCGUCAGGAAAAAAAAAUUGCUUUCACAGGAAAGUACAUUAUUUAUGUAAUGGUAAUUUGGUUAUAUUGAAAGAAAAAUGAGAGAUUAUCAAGGUGCGGGUAUUGCAUUGAAAGAGCUUAUAUACACAUUACUAAAAUUAAGGUAUAUUUUAAAGUAAUUGAGACCUGCAGCAUGGGUGCAGUUUGCCGUAUUUGUAGAGAUCUUCACAAUGAAGUUUAUUGCACAUUAAAAAUUUUAAGCAUUUAAAAAUAUGAGUAAAUCACAGCAUUAUUUUUUAAGGAUAACUUUUGAUGAUGGGCAGUGUAUUAUGUAUGUACUAGCAUAUCUGCAAAGUAUGAUGGUUGAUGAAAACCUCUUACUGUAAACUGAAGUGUAUUUGCUGCUGUAGUGUUGUACUCUUCGUUACUGUCUGAGAAGAAACAAAUUCUGAGCCAAGGUAAAUGAGGAAUUUCACUUUGAAGUACUUAAGCUACUAUUUGUAAUUGUAAUUUAAGUAACACUGAACAUAACAACAGAAGGUGACAUUUUAUACAUCACCUCUAGAAAGUGUGUUAUUUGUCCAACAUUUUUAUUGAGAAUUUGGAGGAGAUGAGAAUCAGUAAAUAGAUAGUGUUUUACAUACCAUAUACAUGAGUUGUGUGUUGCGGUUCAAAGGUUACAUUACAUUUCAACAUUUCACCUUAAGAAAAUGUUACUCCAAAAAUGACAUAGUAACAAGAAUUAAGAAAAAUAAAGAUUUUUCAAUUAUGUCUUACUUCAGAGAAAGUAAAUGAUUCUUGUAUUGUUUGACUAGAUUACAAGCACAAAUCAAAUGUCUGGAAACCUUUGUUUUCCCUCUGUUCCUACAUAGAAGGUGUUUUGAAUAAAUGUCCUGUGUUGUGCAAUAAAUUCAGAUCUGUUACCUGAAUUAAUGUUAUCGAAUACUAUAUAACCCAUAAUGGUCAGCAGUGUUCAGUGGUCUGUACUAGUAGUUAUGGAAGCAAUGUCACUUUGUGGCACUGUUGGUUGAAUAACUUUAUGCAGUUAAUUUUUCCGAGAUACUUAUGAAAGUAUUUGAUGUUCCAUGUCUAUAAGUAUAAAGUAGCAUAAUUGCUUUUAGCUAUUUCUGCUAUGUAGAUAUUAUUUCACUGUCUUACAAGAAGAGUGUCUGUAUAUACAUGUGCAUGCCUAAAAACUUAUAUGUAAUUCUAAGCAGAUAGACACUUAGUUCUUUUUAUUAAUCAGUCAUUGAUAAUUCAGUUGAAAAUAAACUGCUGGAAGACUCA